CACCACAUCUUCACUCCGUCCUUCUUCUCUACACUCUCCAUUUCAUCAUCAUGGCAGCCGCAAGACACUUUAUCUUUUCAGUGCUGGUGAUGAGCAUAACUCUUGCAGAAGCGUAUGUUGAAGAGUUGGAUGACAGAUUUAACGAGAUGCGUAAGAAUGAGCCCUGGCUGGUGGAAUUUUACGCUCCGUGGUGCGAAUACUGUAAAACAUUGGAUCUGAUAUGGUACGAAGUCGCAGCCGAGCUGAAGAGUCAAGGCUCUUACGUCAAUGUGGGAAAAAUGGACAGCACUGUCUACACCGAUGCAGUCACAGAGUUUAACAUUCAUGGAUAUCCUUCUGUCAUCUUCAUAAAAGGCGAUAAGUAUUUUCACUACAACGGCCAGAAGACAAAAGACGCCAUCCUUGAAUUCACCAACAGAGUAUCUGGUCCGUUUGUGCGAGCUUUGAGCAGCGCCCAGCUCUUCCAGCACGUCCUGAGCCGCCAUCAGCUUUUCUUCCUUUACGUCGGUGGGAGGUCACCGCUUAAGGGCAAGUUUUAUAAAGUGGCAUCUGAAUUUAUCAUCUACAACUAUUUUUUCUCUGCCACCGUGGACGUUUUACCUCAGACGAUUGUGCUGCAAGACAUUCCCUCUGUCGCGGUGUUUAAAGAUGGAUCGUACCACAUCUACGAUGAGUUGCGUGAUGGCAAUCUUUCCUCCUGGGUGGACCGAGAGCGUUUUCCUCGUUACUUCCUGAUUGACAGCUUCUCUUUGUACCAGAUGGGCGAGCGAACUAAACUCGUAGCUGUUGCUGUGGUGGAUGAGAAAAAGCCGUCUGCAGAGAGUAUUCGGUAUAAGAACCUUGUGGAAAAGGUGGCCAGGGAAUACAGAGACCAGUACAGCAUGAGCUUUCAAUUUGGUUACGUGGAAGGAAACGACUACAUCAACGGUGUCAUAAUGGACGAGUUGCCAAUGCCUUUUCUCAUUGUCAUGAACAUGUCCAUCGAUGGAUAUUAUCUUCCUGGAUCUACGAUCGAGACCAUUGAAGAUCUUUUCCAGUUCCUCAAUAGCAUCCUGACUGGAAGAUCUGAGUUACUCGGAGGGAAUGGAUUCCUGCGGCAGAUAAAAAGACUUUAUUAUCGUGCGACGUCUGCUGUAAAGAUGAGUUUCGCCUCAGCUCCCUUUGGUACGUGUUUUCUUAUUUCCUUGCCACUGUUUGUGAUUGGAUUCAUUGUCAUGGGAAUCUGUACUGCUGAGCGAGUGGAUGAUGAAACAGCAGAUGAUGGCGCUCGUCCUGCGGUCACUCACAGGAAGAGAGCAGCGCUGAAACACUCUGAAGACAAGAAAAAAGAUUAACAGCACCACAAACAUGGCUCCCAGCCCUGGUCCUCGACUACCAUUACUUUGAGAAUUUGUCUGAUUUAUCUGCUCUAACACAUACACAUACACACACACACACACACACACACACACACAUUAACUCAGCAAAGUGCUGUUCGACAAAUUACUCUCAUUAACUGUGUUGAAGUAGAC